AUGCUCACGUGGAGAACUAGAUUGCACCUUAAAACGAACACAGGUGAAUAUACAACAGAGCAAAUCAACAUCAGAAGAGGGCUUUUCCAGGGAGACAAACUGAGCACACUCUGGUUCUGCCUCGCAAUUAACUUUUUGAGCAAAUUGCUUAACAACACCAGGUACGGCUAUAUCAUUGAAAAAAGAAACAACACCAAAAUCAGUCACCAGCUUUACAUCGACGACCUCAAAUUGUACGCUGCAAAUGAAGACCAACUAUUAAAACAGCUCAGAAUCGUGACAUCAUUCACAGAAAAUAUAAAAAUGGAACUGGGCUUAGAUAAAUGUGCUGUACUACAUAUGAAAAGGGGAAAGCUGAUAGAGGGAGAAGCCAUGCUUAUAAACCAAGGGUUAGAAAUGCAGAGGAUGGGACCAGAAGAUACUUACAAGUAUUUGGGAAUUAAACAGGGGCUUGAAAUCAGAACAAAAGAAGCCAAAGAUGCUUUUAAAACUAAGUUCAUGGAAAGGCUGAAGAAGGUACUCCAAAGUAAACUGAAUGCGAAAUCAACAUUCACGGCAAUUAAAGCGUGGGCGAUGCCAUGUCUUACUUAUUCCUUCGGCAUCAUUAAAUGGUCAACCACCGAUCUAAGAGCAAUAGAUACCCAAGUAAGAGUACUCUUGACUAGGUAUGGAAUGCAUCACCCCCAUGCUUCGGUAAUAAGACUGCACAUGCCAAGAAGUGAGGGAGGAAGAGGUUUACAACAGGUUGAAAACACCCACAACACUGUGGUCAAGCAAAUGACAGAGUAUUUUAAAUCAAAGAACUCACCUUUCUUCCGAGCGAUAGCAGAAGAGGACCAAAAUAUCACAGCUCUAAACCUGGCAUCAACAACGCCCCCUAUAGAAAGCCCAAACAUCGAGGAAGCUGCACGAGAAUGGCACGGUAAAGCCCUACAUGGAAGAUAUCCCACUGCUCUGAAAUGGAAUAAAAUUAACAAGGAAAAGUCUAUCUCAUACCUGAAAGCAGGUUAUCUUUUCCCGGAGACGGAAGGAAGACUGGCAGCCAUCCAGGACCAAGUGAUACCUACGAGAGCCUACCUGAAAAACAUAGCACGAAAGAACUUACCAACAGAUCUAUGUCGCAGAUGCUCACAAUCCGUGGAAACAAUCCAACACAUUACUUCAUCCUGUUCGACCCUCGCUCCCAGAGAAUACACGGAUCGCCACAAUGCCAUGGCAAAAGUUUACCACCAGGCACUUGCUAUAAAACAUGGGUUAUUGAAACAACAUAAAAAAGUUUAUGAAUACUCACCACAAACACUACUAGAGAAUGCAAACCUGAAGCUAUACUGGGAUCAUCCACUGAUUACUGAUAGGCCAAUUUCACACAACCGACCAGACAUAGUUAUCUUUGACAAAAAAGAAAAAACAGCGAUAAUAAUUGACAUCACGGUUCCAGCGGAUGACAACGCUGAGAAAGCCUAUAUUGAAAAAAUAGUGAAAUAUCAUGACUUGGCGUUUGAACUGAAACAAAUUCACCAACUUACCUCCACUCUGAUCCUUCCAUUGGUCAUCACGACCAAUGGUCUUGUUGAGAUGCAUCUGAUCCAACACACCAAGCGGCUUGGACUUGACGAAAGUCUUAUCGAUGUAGCCCAGAAGGAAGUCAUUCUGUGGACUACAAGAAUAGUCAGAAGAUUUCUAACCAGCAGCUGA